GCUGAUCGAUUUCGGAAUACGGUCAUACCAGCACCUACAACAUGUUUUUCAUGUCAAAUUUGUAUAUUUGUUCCAUAAACUAAACCGAAAAAGUGAUUCCCUUGCCGCCAGUGAAGAGUUCUCGACAUUAGCCAGCCCACCAUCUCCACGGAUUCGCACGCGUAGUAGAAACAAUGGCCACCUCAGUGCUGCUAGCCUGUGGACUCAAUGAGCAGAAAUUGCCAGGAUUCGUGCACAUUAGCGAGGAGUCCAAUGUGGAUGGCAGCUUCCUGAUCAGCUGCAUUUUGGGCCAGAGGUUACGCAUCUCCAACGCUGGAACCCUGCUCGUCUGCCUGCAGCAUCACUAUCAGCAUUAUUUUAAUGCUGGUAUGAGAUUGGGCUACAACACGAAUAUUUUCCGUGGGAAAACCCUGGGGGUCAUCGAUGUCCUGAGCGAUAUGGCCGUCGAGGGAUUGGCCUCCAAGUGGCUACGCAAUUCCGAGGGUCAGACAUUAACCGAGCAGCUAGUAGAGGACAUCCGUGCCCAGGUGGAGAGCAACUAUGCCAGUCGCAACUCCUACACAGUUCUGAUUGACAAUCUGUCCAUUUUGUUCAAUUUGGGCGCGAGCAAGCUGCAGGUUCAGCAGUUCUGCCAGGAUUUGGCCGCCCUCGCCAAGGAGCGCGACAAUCUUACGGUGAUCACCAAGCUCAGCAACAGCGACAUCUACCAGCUGACGGAUAACAAUGUGGCCAAGCUCGGACAGGUGCGCAUCCAGGUGUUGCGCUUGAAGAGCGGUGUGUUCCGGGAGGUGGACGGCAAGCUCCUAAUCGAACGUGUCCUAGACGAGGGCAAUUACGCUUGCGAGGAGACGCGCAAGGAGGUGCUCUACAAGGUCAACGAUCGCAACGUCAAGGUCUUUACACCGGGCGAAAUUGGGGUGAAGGUCUAGAGGCGGGUCACGCACAAAUAAUUGUAUGAAUUUUAAUAAAGCCAUUUUUUGUAUAUUCUGAGAA